ACUAUCAGCUCUCAGAUAUCUGGUCCUUGAUAAAAUAUAUAAUGAAAUGGUAUGGUUAUUAGUAAUAUAGACAUGGCGGCUUUCGGUAGCUUAUCCGACAACCUCGGCAUCAUGGUCCUCCUCAGUCGCCUUGCGGGGAACGCAUCAGACGGAGACCUGUCUCCAAGUUUCUUCAAUCCCGAUUCAACAGUAGUGGUAUAAAUCCCAUAAUCCCACCUCAUCUUUGUUUCAUUGAUUAUCUUCUUCCUUGAACGGUAAUUUCCCUCCUUUGGCAGUUUCCAAUUCACGUCGUCAUGCGCGCUAUCCAAGUAAAGGAAUAUGUCAAGGGUCCUCUCGACCUCACCGUUAGCACCCUCCCAACGCCUUCCCCGUCUCCCUCUUCUUACCUCAUCGAAAUCCACUCCGCGGGAACAAACUUCUUCGACCUGCUCCAGAUCCGAGGCAAAUACCAACACCAACCGCCCCUUCCGUGGGUCGGGGGGGCCGAGUUCGCAGGUAUAAUCGCCGCUCUCCCAACUGAAGGUGGCCCAUGGAAAUAUAAAGUCGGCGACCGCGUGUUUGGUGCCACUCAGGGUGCAUAUGCUACGCAUGUUCUUGCGCCUGAACAGACCCUCCUCCCCGUACCGGCGGGAUGGAGCUUCGAGGACGCAGCAGGCUUGUUCGUCACAGCGCCGACAUCGUAUGGCGGGUUAGUGCACAGGGCUAAAGUGCAGCCUGGCGAGUGGGUGCUUGUUCAUGCCGCUGCUGGUGGGGUUGGGCUUGCUGCUGUGCAGAUUGCGAAGGCACGUGGAGCGACGGUGAUUGCAACGGCUGGGACGGAGAGGAAGAGGGAGGUCGCAAAAGCAUUUGGUGCGGACUAUGUUAUUGAUUAUCGGGAUAAGGCAUGGCCGGAGCAGGUGAAGGGGCUGUGUGCGAAGACUCGGAGCGGGAAUGGGAAGGCUGGUGUGGAUGUUGUUUAUGAUCCUGUCGGUAUGAUUGAUGCGAGUUUGAAGUGUGUAGCAUGGAACGCAAGGCUGUUGGUGAUUGGGUUUGCGGCAGGGAAUAUCGAGAAGGUUGCGCUGAACCGGGUCUUGUUGAAGAAUGUUAGCAUUGUGGGCUUGCAUUGGGGCCAGUAUGCACGGUUUGAGACGGAAACAGUAGGUAUGGUGUGGAAGGGGAUCUUUGAUCUGAUUGCGCAAGGGAAAUUCAAGGGCACGGCCUUCAAGGAUGAGAGCUUUAUUGGCUUGGGAAGUGUUCCUAAGGCUUUGCAGGCACUCGGCGGAAGGGAGACAUGGGGAAAGGUGGUUGUCCAGGUCAUCGAUGAUAGGGGUAGCAAGCUGUAGAUUACGUUUUUCCUUAUACGAGAGGCAAUGAUUGAUUGGAUUCUUAGAUAAAUAUAAAUUUUUCAGACGAAUAUGUGGUGUAGGUGCGCAAGGAGUCAUGCCCUCGUAGGAAUAGGAAAACAUGAACUAUGAAGGCCCUUGAUUUUUCUCGCAACCUUGAACCAUUCUAAGUUCGAACCGAGACGGUCCAGCAAAUCCAACUCCGUUCAGGCACAGCCACAAGACGUGGCAUGUGUUGACCGUCCUUCACAAGAAGAGCCCGUGGCUAUGUCUGCCUCCAUAAGUCCGCGGACCAUAGGAAAAAGCUAACAGGGACAGUUGGAUUAUGCGGUUGCCAAUGCAGAUCGGACGAGUGAAACGUUCAUCAUCGGGCUGCUGGAGUAUUGAGGUAAGAAGCAUGGCGUAUGACGUCUGUCGACUACAUCAUGAAU